AGACGUUUCCGUGUAUCUUGUAAACAAGUGGAGAGCCACGUGACAGACAGAAGGACGAGUAUUUUCUACUGUCUAUGGUAUUUUCACGCUAAAACAAAAUAAUCUGUAAACUUUUAAUCGCUGCGUCAGACCCGAUGUUUAAUGCAGAUUAAUAAUAGAAACGUUAAUUACUGUUAAAUAAAUUAUCUCUGUAUUAUAGUCGAUCUGCAGCCAUCUUUAUUUCUCAUAUCAUGACUUCUGGGACGCCAGGUAUUAAUGAAAAAGUCUUGCAGUAUGAGACAUUUAUCAAUGAAGUGUUGAGACAGGAUUUACAGAAAGUUUUGGAGCAAAGAGAUGCUGUGUAUGAGAAAAUAGCACAAUACCUUCAGCUGAAGAACACAAUACAAAGCAUUCAGGAAACUGACAGCAAAGAACUCAAAACAGAUGUUGACCUUGGCUGCAAUUUCUAUGUGCAGGCUCACGUACCUGAUGCAUCAAAAAUAUAUGUGGCAGUCGGUUAUGGAUUCUUUGUCGAAUUCACCCAUGCAGAGGCUUUGAAGUUCAUAGAAAAGAAGACGAAUCAGCUAACAGAGUAUACUGAGGUCCUUACCAAAGAUGCGGCAAAGAUAAAAGCCAACAUCCGUAUGGUUCUGGAGGGAUUGAGGGAAUUGCAAGGUCUGAAGGAUCUUCCAGAAUCCAGAACGAGGGAGGUGUUUUAGUACAUUAAUCAAUAACAUUGUAUUAUUUUUGCACAUAUGACUGUAAUGUUUGUUUCAAACAAUGUGAACAUUAUGGCAAUCAAAGCCUUUUAACAGGUUAUACUGUUGUUUUGCUGAAUAAAUUGUAAAAUUUUCAGUAAAA